AACUCUUGCUCCUGCUUUUGCCAACUUUUAUUCCUAAGUUCUCUCUAAAUUCGUUCACAAAUUCAUCAAAGCAGAUUCCCACGUCUUGAGCAUCAAAAGGAUCAAGUGAUGACGGAAAAGUCAAGGCUAAGCUCAUAUUUGUUUCAGUUUGAGUUUCAUAUCAACCACCACAACCACCCACAAAUCUUCCUAUCCAUAUUCCUUUCAUUCCAAUAUAUUCUAAUCCUCUUUCCCUUCUCCCCCACACCAUUCUAG